CUGCUGCCCCGAGAGCCUUUUGGAGCUGGGUGAUGGCACUCCCACGCAUGUGGCUGAGAAUGCCCCACAGCGAGCCAGGGCUGGGGACCCCAGGGAACAGAUCUCUGAAUACAGAGGGGUCCUCGUGCGGCUCAGCAAGACCCAGCUGCGGUCAGAGACAGCCAGGGCAGUGCGGGGAGGUUUGCCCUGUCACAGGGAAUCCCGUAGGACCAUUGCAUAGGGAAGGGGCUCAGCAUCCCAGGUGUGCAACCCAUGGUGGCAGGGUGCUGUUCCCAGGGCCUCAUCCACCUCCACACUGCCCUGGGGCGACAGGGAACAUCCUGCUGCCUCACACCUUUGGGGGGGGGGGGGGCGGGCGGAUGUAAACCCUGCUCUGCAGCUUGGGGGGAUGUCUGUGCUUCCCCACAUCCUAUGGAUCAGCGGUGACAACCCUGCUGCCAUGCAUCCCAGGGCUCAGGGGGAUGUUUUCAGUUGCCCCAUCCCAUAGAUCGGCAGCCCCGCUGCCCCACGCUGGCCGUGGCACCGCACCACGCAGCACCCCCCUGCUGCCACCUCAGGGCCGAGCGCUGCUGUGGGGCACCAGGACGCGGAGACCCCGGGGUGCGUGCCGCCCUCACCCCGCCGUCCCUGCCCCGCAGGGUGAGUCCAGGCCCCGGGCUGCCCCUGCGCGCUGACAUGGCCACGGGUGUCAUCCGGCCCCUGGCCGGGCUGCGGCUGCCCUCGCCCUUCCCACACGGCCUGCUGCUGCCCACACGCCCCGAACCCGACUUCCCCGACCUCUCUGAGGAGGAGGAGGAAGAAGAUGACGAAGAGGAGGAAGAGGAAGAUGAAGAGGAGGCAGCAGAGGACAGCACCAGCUGCAGCGGGCUGGAGCUGGCCGGCCCAAACGCUGCUGAGACCACCCUGCGGCUCCUCCGGUUUUCGGAGCUCAUCAGCUGUGACAUCCAGCGGUACUUUGGGCGGCGGGGCCAGGAGGAGCCCGCCGGCGGCCGCGGCACACCCGAGGACUGCAGCUCGCCCCGGUGCGCCGCCCGCGAGCCAGGCGCCGCCAACCUGCCGUGUGCAGCACGGGGCAGCCAGCCCCAGCCCGAGGCAGUGAUGGCACGGGGCGGCCCCGGGGCCACGCACAGGCUGGGGCCGCUGGCCGAGCUCUUUGAGUACGGCGUGCACCGGUGCCUGCCACCCCGGGGGGCCGGUGGCAAGACGCAGCGGCUGGAGAGGAAAUACGGCCACAUCACCCCCAUGCACAGGAGGAAGCUGCCACCUUCCUUCUGGAGGGAGCCAGGCCCCGGCCCUGCCGGCCUCCUCCACGCCGGCACCCCCGACUUCAGCGACCUCCUGGCCAACUGGACGGUGGAGCCGGGGCCGGAGCUGCCGGGCGCUGGGCGGGAGCUGCUUCCUGAGCCGGGCCGCCUGGGGCUGGAUGCUGAGCCCUUUGUCGGGCUCUGACCCCACCACGGCCCGGGGGCCCUGGCCCUGCCACUUGCCACCCAGUUAAUGAUCAAACCGCAGCCCCGGUGCCAGCGCUGGGGCAGCUGGAGCCACUGGGUUGGAGCUGGCGAUGGGACGAGUGAAUAAACGACUC